UUAGGAACCGAGACACCGCUGCUCUGUCUCGCGAUCUGUGGGCGCGAUGAUAUGCUGCCCCUGUAACCUGGCCACACCUCCGGGAUCACUCAACAGCUCCGCCUCCUCGCCGCUGAUUGGCCACCGGAAACUGUAGCUCAGGAGAGGCACACAGGCGGCCAAUCACCGGUGAGGAGGAGGGGGAGCUUGGAGAGGAGAUGAGCCGAGCGGCAGAGUGCGCAGAUCGAAGAAGAUCGAGGGAGCUGCAGGACCGAGUGAAGAGGAGAGAGGCCAGAGAAGGAAGACAGCUGACAGGUAAGGGAGAGAGCGAUGCCCAGGCUGGAGCAGGGUCCAAGCAAGGUAAGUAUCAU